UUAUCAGCCUAUCUGAAGGCGAAUGGGCUCCGGGGGCGGGAGGAACAAGACGCCCUAAGAUUUGAAAUAGGAAAGUUGGCGGGUCUGUGGGAGCUGGGUCUGGAGACUGGCUGUUGGCUUGGAUCGUUUCAGGUCUCGUGUGGGUUGGCAGCGGGGCUCAGGCCUCCUGGAAAAGCAUAUUCUUACAAAAUGAUAGAUGACGAACUGGCACUAUUUGAUAAAAGCAUAAAUGAAUUUUGGAAUAAAUUCAGAAGCACUGUCAGUGACACAACCUGUCAAAUGAUGGGACUAAGAGAUUCCUACAAAGACUCCAUCAAAGCGCUGACAGAAAAGCUGUCUGUGAAAUUAAAGGAAGAGGAACGAAUGGUUGAGAUGUUUCUGGAAUAUCAAAAUCAGAUCUCUAGGCGUAAUAAGCUAAUUCAAGAAAAAAAAGACCAUUUGUUAAAGUUGAUUGCUGAAAUAAAAGACAAAAAUGAGAAACUAGAAGUAUUGACUGCAAAUAUUCAGGAGCUUAAGGAAGAAUAUGCGAAGAAGAAGGAAACUAUUUCUGCGGCUAACAAAGCUAAUGAAGAGAGACUGAAAAGGCUACAGAAAUCCGCAGACUUGUAUAAAGAUCGACUUGGACUAGAAAUUCGAAAAAUUUAUGGUGAUAAGUUGCAGUUUAUAUUCACUAAUAUUGACCCUAAGCAUCCUGAAAACCCGUUUAUGUUUUCCCUCCACCUAAAUGAAGCAAGGGAAUAUGAGGUGUCAGAUAGUGCUCCUCAUCUUGAGUGCCUAGCAGAAUUUCAAGAGAAUGUAAGGAAGACCAACAAUUUCUCGGCUUUUCUUGCCAAUGUCCGGAAAGCUUUUACUGCUAUGGUUUAUAAUUAAUGACUGAAUAGUAUAUAAAAACUGUUAAUUUUUUUUCCUUAUUGUGUAUCUCUUUUAAAAGAAUUCUCAUUAUCCACUGUUUGCCUGUAAUUCUUUUGUAUUUUUGUAACAUUUCU